AUUAUAUAAUUAUUUCUGCAUUAGACUUGUUUGGAGAUGAUUUUUAUAAAGUUUUUCAAAUCUGUGAGUUGGUUAUACCAUUAUAUAUUUCUUUUCAUCAGAUAGUUGAAGAAUUUUUAAAAAAUGCUCUUAAAUUAGGGUUUGUGGUAGAAAAAAUUAUUAUAAUGUCUGUUGAUAUGAAGGAUAAAAUUA